AUGGCAAAAAAAGUAGCAAGUGAACCUGUUUUGCCUGGUUUAACAGAAGAAAUAUCUCCACAAACAAAUAAUAAUUUCAACAAUGCAGAUUCAGCUGUUAUAGAUGAUGAAGAUGAUGAAAAAUCCAACUUGACCAAUCAAAAUUUAUAUACUUCUUCAAAUGCAAGUUAUUCAUCUUUGAAUCAUUCUCCACAAUUAAUGAGAAGUGAUUCAACGGCUUCAAUUCCAUAUUUAGAUUUAUCAAAAUUAAUGUUUGCAAAUGAUUUUGAUUUUGGAUUAGAUUUAAAUAAUGUAAGUGAUUUAACUAAAAAAAGAUUGAAUAGUAUGAAAAAUAAAACUAAAGAAAGGUUUAAUAUAUAUAAUAAAAAAGGAAAUAUUGAAUUAGAUAAAUUACAAGAUAUUUUAAAUCAAAGACUUUUAAAAUUUGAUGAAAGAAUUCAUAAAAAUUUAACAAGUUCAUCAACUGAAAAAUUAUUUUAUGCUUUAAGUGUAUUUAUAAUAGCUUGUGCUGGAUUUGUUAUUGGUAAAUAUCCAAAUUAUUUUCCACAUUUUCAUACUGGGUUAUUUAUUGUAUUAAUGCCUAUAAGAUUUUAUACAUAUUUCAAACAAAGUUUUCAAUAUUAUUUGGCUGAUUUAUGUUAUUAUGUAAAUUUGUUAUUGAUGUUAUUCAUUUGGGUAUUUCCUCAAUCACCUACAUUAUUUGUUUCUGUAUUUUCAUUAUCUUUGGGGACAUUAUCUUGGGCAGUUAUAACAUGGAGAAAUUCAUUAGUUUUACAUUCAGUUGAAAAAACUACAUCAUCAUUCAUUCAUGUUAUGCCACCAAUCACAAUGUUUGUCAUGGUUCAUGAAUUAAGUCCAGAAUACAUACGAGAAAGAUAUCCUGGGAUAGCGGCCAUAUCAAAUUGGAAUUUUGCAGCAUCAUUAGUCAUAACAUCUAUAUAUUAUACAAUUUGGCAAGUAACAUAUCAUUAUUUCAUAACCAUUAAAAGAAAAGAUCAAAUUGAAAAAGGGAAAGUAACUUCUUUUUCUUAUUUAAAAAAUAAAAAUAAAUCAACAAAAUUAGGUAAAUUUGUAAAUGGUUUGCCAUAUUUAUGGAUGCAAACAUUAGCAUUCACAUUGAUCCAAUUUGGUUAUCAAUUAUUAACAAUGUUGCCAUGUCCAAUUUGGUUCAGAUAUAAACAUGCAUGUGGAGCAUUUGUAUGUUUUAUAUUCAUAUGGGCAAGUUAUAAUGGAGCAACUUGGUAUAUAGAUGUAUUUGGUAAAAGAUUAGAAAAAGAAGUUGAUAAAUUGAAAAGGGAAGUUGGUAAGUUACAACAAGAGAAUGAGAAAUUACAAUUUUCGCCAUUGAACAAACCAGUUAAUGGCUCAAUCAAUCAGAAUGGAGAAGUAUUGGAUGAAGAUGUUAAGAAUUAUGAUGAUUUAAAAGGUGGUUUGAAAAAUGAUGAAAUUAAUGAUGAUGGUAUAGUUCUAGAAACUGAAAAAGCUUCUCCAAAGUUAACUAAAUCUGGGUUGAAAACAGAGAGCAGCAAAGCUAAAUAA